CUGGACCCACAGGCUGUGCAGACAAAGAACUGGCACAUGGAUGUGAUUGAGAUGAACGGGAUCAAGGUAGAGUUCUCCAUGAAGUUCACGAGCAGAGAUAUGAGCCUGAAGAGGACCCCAUCCAAAAAGCAGACCGGUGUCUUCGGGGUCAAAAUCAGUGUUGUAACGAAGCGCGAGCGCUCCAAGGUGCCUUACAUCGUGCGCCAGUGCAUCGAGGAGGUGGAGAAGAGGGGCAUCGAAGAGGUUGGCAUCUACAGGAUCUCUGGCGUUGCCACCGACAUCCAGGCGUUGAAAGCUGUCUUCGAUGCAAAUAACAAGGACAUCCUGGUCAUGCUGAGUGACAUGGACAUCAAUGCCAUCGCCGGCACGCUGAAGCUGUAUUUCCGUGAGCUGCCCGAGCCCCUUCUCACUGACAGACUCUACCCUGCCUUCAUGGAGGGGAUUGCCCUCUCGGACCCUGCUGCCAAGGAGAACUGCAUGAUGCACCUUCUCCGCUCGCUGCCUGACCCCAACCUCAUCACCUUCCUCUUCCUGCUGGAGCACUUGAAAAGGUAA